CCUUCUCAUCAAGGAGCAAUAAAAUUAUGUCACGAGGUAGGGAUCCUUUGGCAUUGAGCCAGAUAAUUGGUGAUGUGUUGGAUCCUUUCAUAAAGUCAGCUGCAAUGAGGAUUAAUUAUGGUGAGAAGGAGAUUACAAAUGGCACUGGACUACGAUCAUCUGCAGUUUUCAGUGCACCACAUGUUGAGAUUGAAGGUCGUGAUCAAACCAAGCUCUACACACUUGUUAUGGUGGAUCCUGAUGCUCCAAGUCCAAGCAAACCAGAAUACAGGGAAUAUCUGCAUUGGUUGGUGACAGACAUCCCAGAGGCACUAGAUGCACGUUUUGGUAAUGAAAUAGUUCCGUAUGAAGCUCCACGGCCACCGGCCGGAAUUCAUCGGAUUGUUUUUGUGCUAUUCAAACAGGAAGCACGGCAAACAGUUUAUGCUCCAGGAUGGCGGCAAAAUUUCAAUGUCAGAGAUUUUUCUGCAUUUUACAAUCUUGGACCACCUGUUGCUGCAUUAUACUUCAACUGCCAGAAAGAGAGUGGUGUUGGUGGCAGAAGGUUUCAGGGACCAAGCUGAAGUCUGGAUGCAACCAAUUCGAGAUUAUAAAAUAUAAUCCACAAAAAGCAGUUAACAGCCUAUAUAUAGUCUCAGACUGUCAGUUGACAAUCAAGUAGUCUAGUAAUUGACUUGUAUAAUGUAUUCCAUGAAAUAAACUAGACUUUCAAUAUCUUCAUAGUCACCUGUGCAAAGAGAAGAUGAUGAUGUCAAUAUUAGUAAUUAUGAGGAAUAGUGUAACCUUUGGUGCUCUGUUAUAAAAUGAAA